AUGAGUGCGGAUAGAGGGAGUUUAGGAGGUUCGGCAGGUGCAGCAGGAAGGGUUGGGGAUGGGGAGAGGGUGGAAGGGAGGGAGGAAGGGAGAAAGGAGGAGAAGGAGGUAGGGAGGGAGGAAGGGGAGGAGGAGAGGGAGUUUGAUGCAUUGGUGGUGUGUAGCGGUCACUAUUCGCAGCCCAAGAUUGCAAGUAUAGCGGGUGUGGACACGUGGCCAGGCAUUCAGAUACACAGCCAUAACUACCGCCGCCCAGAGGGGUUUGCAGGCAAGGUGAUGGUGGUGGUGGGAGCAGAGGCGAGUGGGCAGGACAUAGCAAGGGAGCUAGCGGCAGUCGCACGAGAGGUGCACAUCUGUGCGCGAGGCUGGCGCUCCCCCCCUGCUGCUGCUGCUGCUGCUGCUGGUGGGACGAGUGGUGCUGGUAUUGCUGCUGGGGCGGCCACUGGGGCAAUAGAGACGGGGUAUUUCGAGGAUCUUAAUGGCAGAGUGCAGCAGCACCCCAUGAUCAAGCAAGCCAACACAGAUGGGACGGUGGAGUUUGAAGAUGGAUUCACAUGCCAUGCUGACGUCAUCAUGCACUGCACCGGCUACAACUACUCCUUCCCGUUCCUCGCCCUCCCCCCCUCCCUCCUCUCCGUCGAUACCGGUCGUGUGGCUCCCCUCUUCCGCCACGUCCUCCCUCCUGCACUCGCCCCCUCGCUCUCCUUCAUCGGCCUCCCCUGGAAGGUCGUCCCGUUCCCACUGUCCCAGCUGCAGGAGCGAUGGGUGGUACAGCAAUUCAUACCUGCUUCAACUUCCCCUUUUCUUCCAACCCCGUCCCCUUCUCCUCCCCCCUUUCCCACCCGCCAGGUAGUCCCUUUCCCGCUGUGUCAGCUCCAGGCACGGUUGGUGGCGCAGCUGCUGUCCGGCCAGCUGCCCGUGCCGCCCAGAUCCGAUAUGGAGGACGGCGUGCGGCAUCUUUAUGCGCGCAUGGAAGAGCAGGGCAUGCCUGAGAGAUACGCCCACAGGCUGGAUAUGGAACAGGUAAGAGGGGGGGAGGUGCGAUGCGACCUGGAGCAGGUACGACCUGAAACAGCAGGUGCGGGCUGGAACAGCAGUCUCAGCGCAGACUGUGGAGGCCCACCUCUGCCAGCAUGGCGGAGGGAGAUGUACGAAGCGGUGAGGCGGCUGAAGAAGGCCUUUCCAGGGUCGUACCGAGACGAGUGGGUGGAGUGGGAUCUGGUGGCUGCUGCUCAUGAAGAGUUUGAGGGCUUGUUACAGGAGUUGCCAGGCACUGCAUGUGACUUCUGA